UAAGCACGAUUUAUAUAUAAUGAAGGGGUGUGUGUGAUCUUGAUUUACGUUAUUUGAACUUGCAGAGGUCUUGACAAAAGAGAUUAUUUCUGAACCAAUGCGAGAUAUAUUAGAAGAGCUCUCCAGGAAGCAGAUGUGAGUCUCCCAGUUGUUAGAAGGUUCGUUCAGUCUGUUAGUGACCUAGCCGUUGGAAUGGGUGUCCAACCAGAUCAGCAGUUGGUCAAGAUUGUACAUGAUGAGCUAGUGAAAUUGAUGGGUGGAGAAGUAUCUGUGCUACAGUUUGCUAAAACAGGUCCUACUGUAAUAUUGUUGGCUGGGCUCCAAGGAGUUGGAAAGACAACGGUUUGCGCUAAACUAGCUUGUUACCUAAAGAAACAGGGAAAGUCUUGCAUGCUUAAUUGCUGGAGAUCUAUACCGACCUGCAGCCAUCGAUCAACUUGUCAUUUUAAGUGAACAGGUACUGAAGUUUUUUACUUUUGAAGCAUCCUGUGCAUUCGUACAAAUGGCUUAAGAUAUAACCUAUAAACUUUUUACUUUUGAAGCAUCAUGUGCAUUCGUAGAAAUGGUCUAAAAAAGUGUUUACCGUUAAUGGAUAUGACCUUACUUACCGAUUUUGUUUUGGAUUCUGCCAUUGUGACUUAUUGAUCAGUUGGAUUUAUUUUAGUUUUUGAGAGAGUUUAUCUUUUUCUUUUACUUCCUAGUACUAGUAUGAUUUGAAGAGAUUUAUAUGGGUGCUUAUAUAUGUAUCUCUAAAGAAGCAAUAGCUUAAGAACAUAAACAUCAACACACUUGUAAAAGAAUUUUGUAAUGCUCACUCUACUGAAUAAUCAAUAGCUUGC